CUUCCUGAUCUCGGUCCUGCUCCCCAGGACUCAAGCCUUGACAGAGGCCGGCUUCAAGUCCGCCACUAUCCCAGGAUUCCCAACUCCGGGUUUCCUGCCCUUCUCCCCUCCCAGGUCCCGGCGCCUGCCGGAGCCGCAAGAUGGCGGACGGGGAAUACUUCGCGGAAGCCGCGCGGGCUGUGGGGUGUCCCCAUGCACCUGUUCCCGGCUUGGGCCUGGGCCCGCCGCUGGGCUGGAAAGAACGGCUGAAGGCCGGGCUGGCGAACUCUGGGUCCACGCUGUGGUUCCUGGCGGGGCUGGGGCUGCUUUACGCUUUGAGGGUCCCGCUGAGGCUGUGUGACAACGUGACAGCGGUGACAGGGUUUUUAAGUUCGUUGACACCCAAGUUCUAUGUGGCACUUACAGGGACAUCUUCUUUGAUAUCUGGACUAAUAUUUAUAUUUGAAUGGUGGUACUUCCAUAAGCAUGGCACAUCUUUUAUUGAGCAAGUGUCUAUAAGCCAUUUGCGACCACUGAUGGGAGGAACAGAGAGUAGCAUUUCAGAGCCCGGUUCUCCUGCCGGCAACAGAGAAAGUGAAACCCUGAGACACCACCAUCUAUCAGAAUGCAAGGUCUGGAGAAACCCUUUAAACCUCUUUAGAGGAGCAGAAUAUAGGAGAUACACUUGGGUGACUGGUAAAGAGCCACUUACUUACUAUGACAUGAACUUGUCUGCCCAGGAUCACCAGACCUUUUUCACCUGUGAAACAGACUUUUUACGUCCUUCAGACACAGUUAUGCAGAAGGCAUGGAGGGAAAGAAAUCCUCCAGCUCGAAUCAAAGCAGCCUAUCAAGCGUUAGAGUUAAACAAUGACUGUGCCACUGCCUACGUUCUGCUGGCCGAAGAAGAAGCGACAACAAUCGCAGAUGCGGAAAGGCUGUUCAAACAGGCCCUCAGGGCGGGGGAGGUCAUUUAUAGACGGUCACAGCAGUGCCAGCACCAGAGUCCUCAGCAUGAAGCUCAACUGAGGCGAGAUACCAAUGUACUUGUAUACAUAAAAAGAAGAUUGGCAAUGUGUGCAAGAAAACUGGGAAGAAUCAGAGAAGCAGUGAAAAUAAUGAGAGAUUUGAUGAAAGAAUUUCCUCCUCUUACCAUGCUGAACAUCCAUGAAAACCUCUUAGAAUCACUUCUAGAACUGCAGGCCUAUGCAGAUGUUCAGGCAGUCCUGGCAAAAUAUGAUGAUAUAAGCCUCCCAAAGUCAGCAGCCAUCUGCUACACAGCAGCACUCUUGAAAACAAGGACUGUUUCAGAUAAAUUCUCUCCAGAAACAGCCUCCAGAAGAGGGUUAAGCACAGCAGAAAUUAAUGCUGUGGAAGCAAUUCAUAGAGCUGUGGAAUUUAAUCCCCAUGUUCCAAAAUACUUACUAGAGAUGAAAAGUUUAAUUUUACCUCCGGAACACAUUCUGAAGCGAGGAGAUAGUGAAGCAAUUGCCUAUGCUUUCUUUCAUCUGCAGCACUGGAAACGGAUAGAAGGUGCUCUGAAUCUCUUGCAGUGUACAUGGGAAGGCACUUUUCAUCAUGUUUCUGUUUAUCCAAAAAAGGAACUUCCUUUCUUCAUCCACUUUACAGCAGGACUCUGUUCUUCGACAGCAAUGAUAGCGUUUCUCACACACCAGUUUCCUGAAGUCAUGGGUGUUUUUGCUAAAGCUGUGAGUAUGAUCUCCAGGACUUGUGUGGAGUAUUUAUGAAACUGCACAGGAAAGCGGAUCUGAUCUGUCUGUGCUAGACCACACGAGCAGUGAAAGAUACUUGGAAACAGCAAGAGCUGCUUUGUAAAGCUUCUGCCAUAAAUAUGUCAAACAUGAAUUCCGGUGAUGUGAACUUACUUCUGUUGCUCAAAAGUUAAAAAUACAAUGCUAUAACAUUAUAAA